UGUACACGGAAGCAGGAACAGGACCUCCGACCUGUCGACUUGUGUUUGUCACCGCGGAUUGUGGCGUCGCAGACUCAGAUUAAAGAGAUUCGGUUGGCGUGAUAAUAUUUAGCGGACACAAUGAGGACGGCUGUCGUGGUGGUCACUAUAUUUCUGUGUUUCUGCUUGGUCAGAGGAGCACCAGCACAAGAACCUCCGGGGCUCCCCGACAAACCACCUGUAAGCACUGAGGAGCAAAGCAAUCAAGAAACGCAAGGUAGCAAAGACAAUCUACCAGCAGGAUCCCCCACAGGGGAUGAGAACAAAGAUGUAAAGAAUACUACUGGAGUGGACAAUAACCCAAAUAAUGUAGAGGUCACUGAUAAAAAGCCAGCACAAGCGCCAGUACCAGCAGAUGUCAACGUACCACAGUCGGCAGAUGCAGACAAUAAUACUAAGGUGAAAACUGGCGCGACACAACAAGUUGACAAUGAAAAUAAGCAAGGGCAAACAACUUCACAAAGUCAAGCAGAUGUAAAAGGCAAAAAAACAACACCUGAAAAAGAUAAAAAUAAGGAUGAGAAGCCUGCUCAAACGUCAAAAGUUCAACCUCAGAUCACUGAAAAAUCAGGAGAGAAAAGCAAGGAGACAGGAGGGCAGGACACAGACAACGAUCAGUCAGAAGGCAAUGACAGCAACAAAGAGAAGCCGCAAGGAACGGACGCCAAUGAGAAAACAGCAGCACCGUUGGAUGACGAUGUGGUGAAAACAGCAGCACCAUUGGAUGACGAUUUGAGGAAAACAGCAGAUGACGACCCAACCGGAGAGGACGACAACACAGUAGAGGACGGCAAUCACAACAAUGACAACAAAGCUGAAGAAGUGGACAAGAAAGCUGAAGAAGCGGACAAGAAGAAGAAUAAUCCAGAAGUAGAGGACCCCAAACUAACAGGAGGGAAAAGUCAUUAUGACCCAAUUGGAAUGAAGGAUGAGGCAGAAAGCAGUCAUUUCUUCGCCUACCUUGUCACCACAGCUGUGCUGGUAGCCGUGCUUUACAUCACUUACCACAACAAGCGCAAGAUAAUUGCCUUUCUUUUGGAGGGAAAGAAAUCCAGAUCCACUCGUAGACCUAAAUCCACAGAAUACCAGAAGCUGGAACAGCAUAUGUAAUCUUAAGUCACUCUACUGAAGCCAUUGCCUUGAGCAGCUGAAUACACUGGGGGUUGUGUGUUAAUAUAUUUUCCUGGUGCACUCUGCGUUGAUUUCACCCCUCGUCAAAUGGACAUUCUUCUAUUUUAUACCUUUUAGAUGCUUAUUGUAUGACUAUGCAGAUGACACUGUUGCCUUAUUGAAGGAAUUAGUGAAAUGCAGUGAAGGUAAAAUAAGCAUGCUGUUUUUGCACUUGUGUCGUUAUUCCACUUUUGAGGCGAUCUUGUAAUUUGACCUGACUAAGGUCCUGACUCAGGUUAUUCCAGUAGCAGAUGAAAAAUAUUAGCUUGUUUGGAGACUCGUUCGUACAGUACAUCUGUGAUUGCACUGUGCAAAAAAUAUACUAUAUGAAUCUUUGUACAAUUCUGGCUUUGUACAAUGUCUAUGAGCUUGUUUGAAAUGUCUAUCAGAUAAAAUGUAUCAAGAGUUUAGAUGUAAAAAAACUUUCACAAUGGGAUUUGCUCAUGUUAAUAAGCCUGCGGUGUUGGCCAGAUGAAUGUAGCGAUCUUUAUUUUUAAAAAUGUGCUGAUUUGCUUUCUUGCUAAGAGUUAGAUGAGAAGAUCAAUACAACUCCUAAAUAUUUCCGGUGAAUAUCAUAUUAAGGCCACAGACAGGUACCGGUGAGUUUAUUUUAGUGUAAGGAUUGGAAAUGGGCUGAACAUGUAGUCUAUGCAAGAAAGCAAACAAGCAUAUUUCCCAAAAUGGCUAACUACACCCUUAAGAUACAGCUAAACAACUGCAUGAUGUAUUAACUGCUGUCAGGGUGUUGGCUGAACAGGUAAAUGGAUUUUACUUUAGGUCAAUCUGAGAGGUAUGACUCGCAAUGUUAAAAUGUUGCUAAUCUGGAAACUACCAGUCUGGUUACAGUAUGGCUCCCAACACCUCUGAUGAGCACUUUUGGAUGAGCAGCUCUAUUGUACCACUUGCUUUGCAUUGACAUCAGACUAAAAUGCAGUUAACAUAAAAACGGUUUUGUAGGAGGACGUGGGCCCGGAUCUGUACUGCUUUCACUGUUAGGAGCGGACUGUUUGAAUAAUAUGUGUCUCUGGGGAAAGGUUGACCACUAAUACAUUAGAUUAAAUCUGCCCUCAAGACUAGGUGUGUGUUUAUUUUCAGAGAUGACAAGACUUGUGCCAAAUUGUGAACGGUUUUACUGUGAUUCAAUGUGUGAUUCUUGUGUGUGCCUGUUUCCUAAAUUAAAUUUUAUUUGUACUGGG